CUGAGUCAAAGGAGUGCACAGCGCACACAUCAUCACAACCACCAGCUGCAGUCGUGAGUGCCGCGCUCUUAUCGCUUCGCUGCGCUUCCGACUCCACAGCAGCUCGAUCGCAGCGCUGCGCUCUUAGCCGACCGCUUUCGUCACAAUCACAAUGACGUGCUACGUGCACCGCCCCUGAGCGGCACCUCGGUCGCUCGCUCGCUGCGCACGCUACUCCGGGACGAUCGCGGACAACCAGUCCGCCAGCCAGCCAGCAUGAGGUGAGCAGUGAGGCUGGGUGGGGUUGAUCGCGUGUGGUUCUCGUUGUUGCUCGCUUGUGUGUCCCGAUUGUCUGCAGUCUCCUAGAAUUCGGCAGCGACGUAGCGACGCCUCGCCGAUCGCAGCGGGCUGGAGCUGUGCGAAGCAUAUACAUGCGACCGGCUUGCCCGCGAGGAAACCAUGUUAGCAGCAGCAACAGCGGUGCUGAUGCGACGCACCAUCCCGUGCGCGAUGAUGCAACAGACUACAGCGACAACUCUGAGCUGAGCGAGCUGUGCGAGCUGAGCGAGGUCUCUGAUGAGCUCAACACACCACCCAUCGAGGACAGGCGUGUGCCUCCGCCAGCACAAGAGAGGGGCGCCAAGCGGAUCAAAAGAGAGGCGGAAGAUGAGGCGGCGGAGGAGCACCCGAGCACGCAGGUGGAGUGGCCACCGGUCAAGAUGGAGGCGGAGGCGACGGCGACGAGCGGGGCUUUCAGCUUGCCAAAUGGUGAAGCGAGGUCGUGUGCUGGUGCGCAAGCAGACGAGGCUCGGCAGGGCCCACAAGGAGAGCUUUCGUCUGCCGAGGGGCCAGAGGCGGAAAAUGCGCCGACACUAAUGACUGCGGCCGCCUCUCAGGGCGAUGUCGCCAUCGCAAGCAAGACGGCGAGCACGGCUGAGGAUAAAAGAAGGCAAGCUGGCAAGCUCAAGUCGCAGACGGCGCGGGCUGCCAAGAAGGCCAUGAUCGCCUUUGCUUCCACAGAGCACGUCGAGGCGCGAUUGCGACCUGGCGCUGCUGAGCGUUGGGCCAGCGAGUACCGGCGGUUGCGAGGCGAGGCAUCGGAUCGGAACCGUAUGAUCCUCCCACAGCCGCCUCGGAGCCUGCUCCAAAGCGAGUAUCUGCACGGCGGCUACAGGCCAGAGCUCGACAAAUGCCAGCUUCUCUAUCACGUGGUGGAUGGGUACAUGCCUUCAUCCAUCUCUGACAGCUACCCGCUCUAUAUCCCAUACCGACUGGUCGAUGAGGAGGAAAAGGUGCUGAUGCAAAGCAUGUGUCCGUUGCCAGAAGAAAGAAAGGAAAGGGAGAUGAAGCGAAUGUUGAUGUACGGCAAGGAUCUGCUUGAGAAGGCUUUCGGAGGAGGGGCGAGCCGAGAUUCUGCUGCAGCAGCGAGGCUGGAGCUUGGCAUACGCUGUCCCCCAUCCUCCUCGGCCCUCUCACCAUCCAGCGAUUUGGCUCUGCCGGAGGAUGAGGAGGAGGAAGCGCCAGAAGUGUCGAGCGAGCAGGAAGCGAUCAGAUGUGCGAGGAUGGCGCUUUGCAUGUGGUGGAGCGUCUUUCUCAGACGCUAUGCGGUGCCCUUUGUGUCCCAUCAGAUUCGGCUACCGCCAGGCGAGCUCGACCUUGCGAAUGGAACGCGCGAAUGCGAGGCGAGCAGCGCGCCGCACUGGCGAGGUUUGGCACCGGAACUGGACGCCUCGCUCUCGCUUCGGCUCAGCAUGGAACAGGUGCUUGCAUUUAGCGGAAUGGCGACGGGAUUCAUGACGGAUAUCUCCUCGCCGUUGGGUCCAAGUAUGACUGUGCUCAAGGGGUACGGCACGCCAGAGGCGGAAGAGGAGGAGGGCAACGAAGCGACGUACGACUUGCCAAUCGUCUUGUUCAAUGUAGGCGCCGAUGCCCUGCUCGAAGCUUUUGGGAGCAUGUUUCUGCUCAGAAAAGACACAUUCAUCCUCCUCAACGCUUCCUUUCCGCACCGCAUUCACAGACCGCAAUGGGUCGACCAAAGGGCGGAUCGAUGGGCCAUUUAUGCGCGCCAGCCCACAAACCUCACCUAUCCCGCCAUCGAGGGGGCCGAGGUGGAUGGCCAUGCGUUUUGGCGCUUGGUCAAAUUGAUGAGCUCAAAGUUGCCAAAUUAUCAUCCGGAAAUUUACAACGAGCUGCGAGGCAUCAGCAAAGGCUUCAAAUGAGGGCGGGACUCGACGGGGGCGCUGCGUCG